AUGGCGAUGAAUGGUGAAGUUGACGGGUGGAUCUCGCAGUUGAUGCAGUGCAAGCCGCUGAGCGAGACGGAGGUCAAGAAGCUGUGCGAUAAGGCUCGCGAGGUGCUCAUGGAAGAAUCCAACGUCCAACCUGUCCGAUGCCCCGUCACUGUCUGCGGUGAUAUCCACGGUCAAUUUCACGACCUGUCGGAGCUGUUCCGCAUAGGCGGUAAUUCCCCCGAUACCAACUACCUCUUCAUGGGCGACUAUGUCGACCGUGGCUACUAUUCCGUCGAGACCGUCACCCUCCUCGUCUCGCUCAAACUCCGUUAUCGCGACCGCGUCACCAUCCUCCGCGGCAAUCACGAGAGUCGGCAAAUCACCCAGGUGUAUGGGUUCUACGACGAGUGUCUGCGCAAGUACGGGAACGCAAACGUCUGGAAGUACUUUACGGACUUGUUUGAUUAUUUGCCUCUGACUGCUUUGAUCGACAACCAGAAACAGAUCUUCUGCCUUCACGGUGGUCUCUCCCCCUCGAUCGACACGCUCGACCAUAUCCGCGCGAUCGACCGGAUUCAGGAGGUGCCGCACGAAGGACCGAUGUGUGACUUGUUAUGGUCAGACCCGGAUGACCGGUGCGGUUGGGGUAUAAGUCCUAGAGGAGCGGGAUAUACGUUCGGGCAAGACAUUUCAGAGGCGUUUAACCACAAUAACGGCCUGACACUGGUCGCCCGGGCGCAUCAGCUCGUGAUGGAGGGUUUCUCGUGGUCGCAAGAACGUAAUGUCGUGACCAUCUUCUCGGCACCCAACUACUGCUACCGAUGCGGCAACCAAGCUGCGAUUCUCGAAGUAGACGACGCACUAAAGUACACGUUCCUCCAAUUCGACCCCGCACCCCGGGCCGGCGAGCCCCUCGUUUCCAGGCGUCCACCAGACUAUUUCUUGUAA